AUGAGAGUUCAUUUAAAUGCAGUUAAGUGGAGGCUUCAAAAAAGAUUGUCCAUCCCUACUACUACCUACACUUAUUCUCAGAUUGUCCAUCCCUACUACUACCUACACUUAUUCUCAGAUUGUCCAUCCCUACUACUAGAUACACUUAUUCUCAGAUUGUCCAUCCCUACUACUAGAUACACUUAUUCUCAGAUUCUACACUUAUUCUCAGAUUGUCCAUCCCUACUACUACCUACACUUAUUCUCAGAUUGUCCAUCCCUACUACUAGCUACACUUAUUCUCAGAUUGUCCAUCCCUACUACUACCUACACUUAUUCUCAGAUUGUCCAUCCCUACUACUAGAUACACUUAUUCUCAGAUUGUCCAUCCCUACUACUACCUACACUUAUUCUCAGAUUCUACACUUAUUCUCAGAUUGUCCAUCCCUACUACUACCUACACUUAUUCUCAGAUUGUCCAUCCCUACUACUAGAUACACUUAUUCUCAGAUUGUCCAUCCCUACUACUACCUACACUUAUUCUCAGAUUGUCCAUCCCUACUACUAGCUACACUUAUUCUCAGAUUGUCCAUCCCUACUACUACCUACACUUAUUCUCAGAUUGUCCAUCCCUACUACUACCUACACUUAUUCUCAGAUUGUCCAUCCCUACUACUAGCUACACUUAUUCUCAGAUUGUCCAUCCCUACUACUACCUACACUUAUUCUCAGAUUGUCCAUCCCUACUACUAG